GCUUUAAACUAUGCGUGGGUGGUGUUCCUUCAAACGACAAGGGAAGUUAACGGCCAACAUUAUCAAGGAGAGCAGGAUGUUUGGCAACCUUGAUUUGAUUAUCAUAAAAUAAAAUAAAUAGUGGUUAUCUAUUCUAGGCUGUCAUUGUAGUCGUCGACCUUCACAACCAUCUCAGACUUUUAGAUACGCAGAAUAUCAGAAACGGUGUGGCUGAAUGUAACACCAAUCCCAAUGCGUCUGUUUCAAUCGCGUGUCCGUUCAAAAACACUAGCCUGACAACCCAUUGCUUCAAAGGAUCCUUAACUGCAUGGCUUUCUACCUUCAUCAUUCAUAAUGCCAAUAUUGGUACAUGCAUAUUGCACUAUAUGAAUAUACCUCUAAUGCAGCCCAACGUGUCUUAUUCAAAGCGGCAAGGCUCACUUGACAGGCUACUCAUUUGACAGGCUACACUUUCCUGGGACGAUAGCUGGAUUUCGGAUUUGGUUUUUCGUUUGCAUAUCUUUUUCAGUCUCACUUGGAUUGUAUUGGGAUUAAGGUGGGGUUUUAACCCGAUGCAGGUAUCAGGGAUAUAUCUUUCCCAUGACAUCUGCCUCGGUCACUGGAUUUUUGAUAAUUAUGGUUUAAGAAAGGACUUCGCCUAACAAUUUGUCGACCAAUUUCUGAAGUUAAAGUCAACCCGUUGUUGGUUAUACCUUUCUCGUCAAUUUCACUACUCUUCGACUAAAAAUGCUCCAGUAAGACAAUGUUUGAACAGUGGAAAUAACGCCCAUGUGCCUACCCAUAAACAUCCGCGGCGUAUCCUAUUAAUAACACCCGUAAAGCCUGCUUUGAAGUCAUCAUUGAGAGAGGCAAUUGAGAAGACUACAAAUACUGGCCUCUAGGUGUUUCUCUCUAAUGCCAGUGGGCGUCGUCCUACUCCCAGAGCUGUGACUGACUGCCAGAGGGACGGGAUGCCUAUACCCAUGUGAUAUCUGCCAUGGAGACCAGAGCUUGAUAUCUGGAUCUGGAAGUUGACACCCAGACAGACAGACAGACAGACAGAACAUGGAGCGGCUGGUUGUGUGUGUGCUGCUGUGUGUACUUCUAUGUGCGGUGCUGGUGAAGGGCUACAACUGCCCCGGCCGCUGCAUCUGCCAGCACCUCUCCCCCACUUUGACUCUGCUCUGUGCUAAGACUGGUCUGCUGUUUGUGCCCCCAACCAUCGACCGCAAGACCGUGGAGCUGCGCCUCACAGACAACUUCAUCACCAUCAUCCGCAGGAAAGACUUUUUCAACAUGACCAGCCUGGUCCACCUCACCCUGUCCCGUAACACCAUCAGCCAGAUCACCCCCCAUGCCUUCCUGGGACUGCGCUCCCUACGAGCCCUCCACAUGGACGGCAACCGCCUCAGUGUCAUCAAGAGCGACCACUUCAAAGGCUUGGUCAACCUCCGCCACCUCAUACUGGGGAACAACCAGAUCCACCACGUGGCCCCUACCUCCUUUGAUGAGUUUGUGUCGACCAUCGAGGACCUGGAUCUGUCCAACAACAACCUGAGGACCCUGCCCUGGGAGGAGAUAGGCAGGAUGAGCCACAUCAACAUCCUCACCCUUGAUCACAACCUGAUCGAUCACAUCGGAGCUGGGACUUUCACACUCCUCACCAAGCUGGUUCGUCUUGAUAUGACCUCCAACCGGCUGCAGAAGCUACCUCCAGACAGCCUGUUUCAGCACGCCCAGGUGCUGUCAGACGCCAAGGGCUCCAACCCGUCUUCCCUGGCAGUGAGCUUCGGAGGGAACCCUCUCCACUGUAACUGUGAGCUGCUGUGGCUCCGCAGACUGACACGACACGACGACCUGGAGACAUGCGCCUCCCCGGAGCACCUCAUGGACAAGUACUUCUGGUCCAUCCAGGAGGAGGAGUUCAUCUGCGAGCCCCCGCUCAUCACCAAGAACCUAUCCACCAAGCCCUACGUCAUGGAGGGCCAGGGGGUCACUCUCAAGUGCAAGGCCAUGGGAGACCCGGACCCAGCCAUUCACUGGCGCUUCCCAGACGGCAAGCUGGUGCAUAACAACUCCCGCACCAUCCUGUAUGACAACGGUACCUUGGACAUCCUCAUCACCACCCUAAAGGACAGCGGUGCCUUCAACUGUGUGGCCUCCAAUGCUGCAGGCAUCGCCACAGCUGCCGUGGAGAUCAACAUGAUCCCUCUGCCCCUGUUCGUAAACAACACAUUGCAUCACAUGCGCGAGGCUGAUCGGGGCCUCUCUGACAUCACCACCUCCUCCAAGUCAGGCAACGACACCAAGGGCCAUGACAAGCACCAGGACAGGAGGGUGGUGGUGGUCGAGUUGACCUCCUCCUCGGCUGUGAUUCGCUGGCCCUCCGAGCGCCACAUCCCAGGCAUCAGGAUGUACCAGAUUCAGUACAACAGCACUGCAGACGACACACUGGUUUACAGAAUGAUCCCGUCCACCAGUAAGACCUUCCUGAUCAACGACCUGGCGGCGGGCCGGGAGUAUGACCUGUGUGUCCUGGCGGUGUACGACGACGGCAUCACCUCUCUGACGGCCACGCGCGUGGUCGGCUGCGUCCAGUUCCACACAGCCAGCGAGGUCAGCCAGUGUCGCUUCAUCCACAGCCAGUUUCUGGGCGGCACCAUGAUAAUCAUCAUUGGCGGCAUCAUCGUGGCUUCAGUGCUGGUGUUUAUCAUCAUCCUCAUGAUCCGCUACAAAGCCCACAGCAGCCCCGAGGACAGAAAGGUCAAGGUCAGCUCCAGCAUGCACUCCCAGACCAACGGCAGCCAGCACAGACUCCAGCGCUCCACCUCCAAACAACCUGCCGAGGACAGCCACCAGAGAGAAGCCCAACCGAUGGCAGCCAAGGAGUGCAUGGCCCUGGUGCUGAAGGUGGACAGUGACAAGAGGGAGUGGGACACUCCUCUGGCCACCACGGCCAUCCUGGAAGUGGAGCUGCCCCCCCUGCCCACGGACAAGGUGAGGAGGACCAGCCUGGAUGCCCAGCGCUCUGGAUCUGGCCCCCCGUCAGAGGACACACAGACAGAAAGCAGCCUGAUGGGCUCCACCAUAUCCUUGUGUCUCCUAGGUUCCAACGCCAGCACCAAGGAGGCCCCCAGGCUCAAGGACAAGAGCGCCCUGGCCAACAUGGGGUUUAAUAAUGAGCUGGCACGAACUAGGCACAGGUUCAGCUUUGACGGGGGAGACUACUCCAUAUUUCAGAGCCACAGUUACCCCCGCAGAGCGCGGACGAGGCGGCACAAGUCUACAAACCAGCUCAACGUGGAGUCCUCACCGCUCGCCAACCGGAGAGUCACUUUCAGCAGCACUGAAUGGAUGCUGGAGAGCACAGUGUAAGAGAUACAGCCUGGCCUCUCUGGCUCUCUCAAAGACACACACACAUACCAACAGUUUGACACAUACACCCUCAUGCAUACACAUUUACAUAUCUAACAAAUAAAUCUACAUGCAUACAGACUCAGAGAGUUGCUGGAGAAGAAAACAGUCCCCUUUCAUCCUGCCUCCCCUCAUACUCCCAGAGCGACAGAGUUGUUGGACAUUUCAUUAGUUUCUGCAGCAGUGCCUUAUUCUAAAAUAUGUACGAAUGGAGGAUGCUGCUCAUUGUAGUCAUAAACUUUCCUUUCUAUCAUGGUUUUCCCCGUUUCAUGGGGAGUGAUGCUUUGAGUUUUUGUGUUCUUUGACAUGCCAAGGGUUGGGGCAUUUGUAACUUUUCCUUUAAUGUUAAAAAGAUCACACUGUAAAGUGAACAACCAGGUAUCUUGUAUGUUGAUCAUCCUUUGGGUUCUUUCAAAGACUUUUGCACACGAAGACACGACGAUACGAUGACAAGUAUCACACCAGUCUAUACAUUAAUAAAAAUAUAGAACUAUACACAUGCCGAUUUCAAAUGUUAGCAGAGGAUGGACCUGAUAAACCUGUGGACUCCUCGAUGCUGGUUGGACUGUAUGAUAUUACUAGGUAUUGUUCCAGAUGUGACUGUAUGAUAUUAAUCGGUAUUGUAUCUGGCUGGUCUAGAUAAAAAGACAACAAAAAAAAUACAUAUAGAAGUAUAUUAAAAACAUUGGUGUAUGUGUAUUAUGUAAGUCAUAUGUCACAACUUUUUACUGAGCAUUUGGGUGUUGGCCACAAGUUUUUACAUUAAAAACCUGUGUCUUCACACUUCCCCCUAUUUAGUAUGACAAGGUUUGGACCACUUAUCCCUUAUGAGAGGGUAUUAAAUUUUUUGUGUGGGUUAACUGUACCGUUUGUGCCGUGUCCUUUUCUUAUGGUGAUCCUGGAUCCUUUCGUCAAAAUCAUGAAAGCUGCUUGCACAUGGAUCAGUGGGAAGGCCUAUAUGCAUUAAGGCAUGUAUCUUAUCAAAUAUAUAUUAAGAUAUCAUAUCUUGUGCCUGUUGAGACAAACAUGUGGGGAACUUCAAGGGUCUCAAAGGAAGCUGUUGUCAAAGUAUACAAACAUCAGGUCAGAAACAAUACUCCUUUAUUUGUCACAAAUAAACUAUUUAUUCUGAUGAAGUCAAAAGAGGCCAUGAGUCAAUCAAUCCUCAGGGUCUACUACACCGAUUGAGCCACUAGGUGGAGACAACGCACCACAGAUAACAGGAUAUUAAACCCUGUAGGCCUCCUAGCCCUUCCACUAAAUAAUAAAUUAACCUUGUACAGCGUGAUGAUCAUUAAGGAGAAAGGCAUGAACUUGAAAAGAUACCAUAUAGCAGUGGCAUGCUCUCUACGUAAGAAUAAAACUAUGCCGCUCAAACCUGUUUUAGACGACAGCACCUUUUUCAGCAGGUCUCUUAAAAGGAGUUUAUAUAGUGAUGUAGAAAUGAUGUAGAAAUUCUCAUUCAGUGCUGACCUAUUCCAUUUUCUUGCACAUUACAUCUACAGCAAGUACUGUAGAAACUUAACACUAGAGGGAAACCGUACACCAUUUAUACAAUGUUAUAUGGUAAAUGGUACCCAGUUCUGGACGUAUUCAACCCAAGGGGCAUAUUAUUUCAUAGAAUUUGAUGCAUGAAGUCAAAUUCAUGCUCAAGCUCAUGAAAUAGAAAGGCUAUAGGCCUACUGAGAAGACUUGUGAAUGAUAGUCAUGUAGAUAUCCUGCAGUCAUAACAUGAGAUCCAUGUGAUUUGUCCUUCCUGUCUAAAAGUAUGGUGUGAUAACCAGAGUACAUUUUCAGAAAACGAAAUAUGCAUUUUAUUUUUCAAUGUCCCACCUGACAUUCCGUUAAAUCCCGACUCCCAUAAAUCAAAUGUUUUUAAAAUAAAUACUGAAUUUUAAAAAAGCAUAAAAGAUUGUCACAAUUGGUUGGGAAAUCUGCAUAAAAUGUCAUAAUUUUCCAUAGUAUAACAGCUAAAGUCACGCCAGGACACUAACUAUGAGACAAGGCUCAGCAGUCAAUCAACUUGUCAUGAGGUGGAAUUAGGUGGCUUUCGUUUAGUCCAUAUUUGUGCAGUGUCAGCUCACUAUCUGAGCACUGCAGCUUGAGCAGCACCAGUAACAGAAGGUGAGGUACUGCUGAAUGCCCUUAGGGGAGAACACAGGUUUGUGCUCAGCUGUACACAGAAAGAGAAGUACAGCACAGAAGAGUAUUGCAGAGGAACAUGGUUAAGGGAAGAGCGAUAUGCUUUCCCCUGCCAGUAGGUCUGUUCAAAAGUUCUAUUUGUACUUUAGCCAAUUCCUCAGUUGUCUUAUUGGAUAAAUCACAAACAUGUCUAGCAAUUAGCUAUGGUGAUGCUGUGUUCUCAACAAAUCUAGUGGGAAACAUUGGACACUAAAGUGGAAGUGGGGUGUAACUGUGAAAGCUUUGCCCACUCACUUUCAGCAACUGAAAGGGGGCAGUAUGAGGGUACAGAUUACUGGCUGCUAAUGGAAAAAGGUUGAAUCCUCAGAACUGUCCUCUGAUUUGUCCUCUCCUGCUUUCCAGUUUUUCCUCCUCUUCUUGUGUGACUCUGGUCCUGAGUCUCUGUGGGAGUCCAUCUAUCAUUUCCUCCUUCUCCCUCUCUCCUCAUCCUCCUCCUCCUCCUCCUCCUCUGAGCUGCUCUCCUCCUCCUCCUCUGAGCUGCUCUCCUCCUCCUCCUCUGAGCUGCUCUCCUCCUCCUCCUCUGAGCUGCUCUCCUCCUCUCUCUCACACUUUUUUCUCUUAUGUUUGCUCUUGCUGCUUUUCCUCUUCUGUUCCUGUUUGACACUGUGGCUCUUGUCGCUGCUGGACUCACCGUCUGACUCACCUAUCCUUCGCUGUUCCUCUUCUGUUCCUGUUUGACACGGUGGCUCUUGUCGCUGCUGGA